AUGACGCGCCUGAGAGACGUCGCUAUCUUAUUCGCCAGCUCCGUGGUCUUGGCCCAGGACCCCCAUCACAUCCUUGAUGGGAGCUCCUCUGGGCUAUUGACAACGCCGUUGGGUACUCAAGCUAGCACAUUGGGCUCAUGUCUGAUGGGCUCAGCGUGUCAGAAAGUUGGCAAGAAAAUCACCAUCGAUGAUAUUGUCAUCUCCACCGACGCUCAUGGAAACACAAAGUGUUGUCCCCAGGGCACCACCUUCAACGGUGUCAGCUGUGUCUAUCCCAAGUCCACUGUCUGCCCUCCUAACAUGCACUUUGCGAAUGGUGUUUGUAUCCUCACCUCUGGUCCUGUCUGCGAAGAUAAGAACUUGGUGCCCACCAAGGACGGCUGUGCCUCCAAGGUUCCACCCACCUGUCCUCCAGAGACUGUUCUGGAUAACGGCCAGUGUGUUCUGAGGAAGGAGCCGACUUGUCCAGGUGGAAAGAAGAUUGUCAACGGCCUCUGUAUCACCGAUCAAGUACCCAAAUGUCCUGAAAAGGGCUUCCGUGCUCAGGGUAAUCUCUGUGUUCAUGAAGACGGCCCAACAUGUCAUCAAGACUGGCUCAAGGUGGUCGACGGCAAGUGUGUGCACGUCAAGGAGCCCGUCUGCCCCGAUCGUACCAAGCCAGUCGGUGGUCGUUGUAUCCAUGAGCAAUCCCCAACCUGUCCAUCCGGCUUCCGCAUUUCCGGCGACACAUGUGUGCACGAACGCGGUCCAUCUUGCCCUUCCGGAUCUACGUACCGUAACGGCGUGUGUGAAUACAGCAGACCACCUACCUGCAGUGAGGGAAGUCUGAUUGAUGGCCAAUGUGCGACCGAUAAGUCGCCAGAAUGCCCUUCAGGUUACAAAUUUGAUAAGGUCGCAUUCCGUUGCCAGCGCCGGGAUACACUCCAGUGCCAGGCUGGAUACGUGAACCGAUGGGACCGCGUCAGUGACAAGAUCGCGUGCUGUCCCAAGGACUUUGGCGGUUUCGAUGGCACAUUCUGUACUCAGGACUACCCAGGCUCCGGUAAAUGCCCUCCCAACUCUGAGCUUCGCGACAACAAGUGUGUCACUACUCCAGGAAACCACCCAGACUGUGACGGUGGUAAGGGUUUCGUUGAGAAGGGCGUCUGCUACAAGAAAGAGGAAGCCUUCUGCCAGAGCCCUCUCAAAUUGCUCAAGGACAAGUGUGUCUAUGAGACGGAUCCCUACUGUACCGAUGGCAAGCUCUCCCCUACUCGCAUGGAGUGUAUUAUUGAAGGCCCCAACUGUCCUAGUGACUCAAUCGUCAUCGAUGAUGAGUGUGUCUCCAAUGUGCACAUCCCCGAAUGUCCCGCUGGCCUCAAGCAGCAGGGCAACUCUUGUAUCGGCGAGAAGAUUCUCAGCUGUCCUCCCGGAACCACCAGGAGCGGCGACUACUGUAUCUAUGGCGACGUCCAGCCUGGUUGCAAGGACGGUCUCGUUCUAUUGGGCGACAAAUGUGUCACCCGUACCACCUCCAAGUGUCCCGAAGACACGAUGCCUGAAGGAGAGUACUGUGUCUCUAUCAGAAACCCAGUCUGCCCUGAGCCCGACUACGUCUACUCGCUUGAGAGACGCGCUUGUGUUCACCGCUACAGACCAUCAUGUCUCCCUCCUUUCUACCUGAAGAACGGACGCUGUGUCAUUGACACCCUUCCAGUCUGUCCCACAGACACAGUCCGCAAUGGAGAUAGCUGUAUCACUCGUGCCAACUGUUCCGGUGACUACACCCUGGUAGGAGAUCGUUGCGUUUCCAACAAGGGACCUGAAUGCCCAGACCCCUUCACCGAGUUCGACGAGAAGACCGGCUCAUGUAUCUCCCGUUCCCAAACACCUUCCUGUACUGAUGGAAGCACUCUCUCUGGCGGCAAGUGUGUUCUCAAGGCUGACUGUCCUCCCAACACCACCCCUAUGGGCGAUUACUGUGUUUCAUACCAGAAACCAGCUUGUCAAGAUGGCUUCACGCUUGAGAAUGGCGAGUGUGUCCUCAAGAAGGGACCAACCUGCCCAGCCGGCUACAUCGCCCGCGGCACCGACUGUUAUUCUAUCAAGAAGCCUGUUUGCCCUGCAGACAGUGUCAUGGAUGGUGACCGCUGUAUUAUUGGAGUCAACCCUGACUGCAUCAUUCUCGGCACCUGCCCUGAGAUCGCUUAG